UCUUUAAACACCAGGUAAAAUUCAAGCUGACUGCAAUGGAGAACAGCACAGAAGUGAUGGAAUUCAUCCUGUUGGGGUUGACAGAUGACCCCAAACUUCAGGUUCCUCUACUCCUGAUAUUUUUGUUCAUCUACCUUGUUACUCUGAUUGGUAAUGGAGGGAUGAUGGUCAUUAUCUUCUCAGACUCCCAUCUCCACACUCCCAUGUACUUCUUCCUCAGUAAUCUGUCCUUUGUGGACCUGGGAUACUCAUCCGCUGUAGCUCCCAAGAUGGUGGCUGCAUUGCAGUCAGGGAACAAGGUCAUCUCCUACAAUGGGUGUGCAGCUCAGUUUUUCUUCUUUGUGGGUUUUGCCACUGUUGAGUGCUAUCUCCUGGCCUCCAUGGCUUAUGACCACCAUGCAGCAGUGUGUAAGCCUCUUCAUUACACCACCACCAUGACAACGGGUGUAUGCACCAUCCUGACCAUUGGCUCUUAUGUCUGUGGCUUCCUCAAUGCCUCAAUCCAUACAGCAGAUACCUUCAGACUCUCCUUCUGUAGUUCUAAUAAAAUAAACCAUUUUUUCUGUGACAUUCCCCCACUCCUGGACCUUGCAUGCUCCAGUACACACAUCAGUAGGCUUGUUGUCUUCUUUGUUGUGGGAUUCAAUGUCUUUUUUACCCUCUUGGUAAUUCUCAUCUCUUAUGUCUUCAUAUACAUUGCUAUUCAAAGCAUUCAGUCUUCCGAGGGACGAAAGAAAGCUUUCUCUACCUGUGCUUCCCACCUCACCGCCGUGUCCAUCUUCUAUGGCACAAUCAUCUUCAUGUACUUGCAUCCCAGUUCUAGUCAGUCCAUGGACACAGACAAAAUAGCAUCUGUGUUCUACACUGUAGUGAUUCCCAUGCUGAACCCCUUGAUCUACAGCCUGAGAAACAAAGAAGUGAAAAUUGCCUUCUGGAAAAUACUCAACAAUCUUUACCCUCCAUCUUUUAGUGUGAGGUGGAAGUAGGCGGGUAAGUAAGGGAUCUUACAUCUC